UGAGAUAUAUACAUUCUAGAUAAUGAUGACAUUUGUAUGGUUAACAUUUGUUGCCGCUAUUUUUGUUGUUCAAUCUGUGGACCAACAAAAGUUCAGUCUUCGAGAUCGUCGAUCAGAGGUACAUUCUACACUGUCGCUUGCUCAGCGUUACAGAGGUCGAUGUAACCGAAAACCACUGAGUUACAACACCCCGAAAACCCCUGGAGACAAUGGAUUUCAAUUAAAGAUCUCUGGAGGCUCAGAGAAGUACGUCCCAGGAGAGACUUAUACAAUUUCCAUCCAAGGAAGCAGAACUCAGCACAGAAUUCAAACGUUUAUUGGUUUUAUGUUAGUGAUUGAGCCAUCUAGGAAAGUAAAUGAUUUCGACAACAGCAGCAGAUCACUUCCAAACGUUGGCAUGUUUCAGCUUUUUGGAGAUGCCCUUUCCAAGUUCUCUGAAGAAUGUCCUCAUGCUGUCCUCCAGACUUCAAAUAUCCCGAAGUCAGAGAUACAAGUGAUGUGGACAGCUCCUCCUCCGUCAUCUGGUUGUGUCGUGUUCAAGGCAAUGAUUAUAGAAAUUAGAGAAUUAUGGUACAUGGAUGAUGGAGGCUUGACUAAAGAACUAUGUGAAAAAGAACAAGAAACACGAGACGGACAUCCAGCAAUCAUUGCAAACUGUUGUGCUUGUAAUGAAGCUAAAUACGAAGUUGAAUUUGAAGGAUUAUGGUCUCGACAAACUCAUCCUAAGGAUUUUCCUUCAAAUGAAUGGAUGACGCAAUUUCUGGACAUCACUGGUGCUUCACACACGGCUAAUUUUCGUAUGUGGGAAUAUGGCGGUUUUGCUACCGAGGGUGUUCGUCAUUUAGGGGAGCAAGGUACACCCAUAAAGCUUGAAUCUGAACUUAAAACACAGUCAGAAAAAAUCCGAACCGUUAUCAAAGCAAGGGGAUUACGGUAUCCAAACUUGAACGGAAAAACAUUUGCUGUAUUUCGAGUUGACAAAACACACCACCUGAUGUCACUACUGAGCAAGCUAAAUCCGAGUCCUGAUUGGUUCGUCGGAAUUAGUGCUUUGGAGUUAUGUAUGAAAAACUGUUCUUGGGUAACCAACAAAGUUAUAAAUCUUUAUCCAUGGGAUGCUGGGAUAAACGAUGGACGAUCCUAUUUAUCUGAAUCCUCUCCAACAAUACCACAAGAAAGAAUAAAAAUGUUAACUUCAAGUGACCCAGAAACGCCCUUCUUCGAUCCUACUGGAAAUCCCAUAAAACCAGUAGUAAGACUAACAAUUACACGACAAAGAAUUUAUGAGAAAUCAUGUGAAGUAACUGUGAACUCUGAUCGAAUCUCAGGAAAGACAGGAAACGAAAAUGAGUAUGAGCAAGCUUAUUUUAGAAAAAACCUCUUUUAUCCUGACCUGAGAAAAUGUGCCGUGACAGAAUGGGCAGACUUCACCUCGUGCAGCGUGUCGUGCGGACGAGGAUUACAGUCGAGGACCAGAAGCUAUAUAAAUGAAGAAAAUGCUCGGAUUAUGGAAUGUGACACGAAUCUUGUGGAGAAGAAGUUUUGUGAUACUGUUUGCGAAGGGAAUGUGAGUUGCCAAAUAAGUGACUGGAGUGAAUGGACUUCCUGUAGUGUGGCUUGUGGAACUGGUUUAAGGACUCGUCGUAGACAUUAUAAGAAUCUUAUUGCUCACCACGUGUGCCGAGAAGACUUGAUAGAAAAAGAAGCAUGCAUGGAAAGCAGAAACUGCGAAGUAAACAGUAAGUGUGCUGUAACUCAAUGGUCUGAGUGGUCGCCAUGUACUGUCACCUGUGGGAGGGGGAUGAAGAUUCGAACACGUCUUUACUUGCUUCCUUCUGUACUAUCCUUGUGCAACAGGGAACUCAUGCAGAAAGCCACUUGUGAAAGAGAAAGUUCUGCUUGUUUCUCUCAGUUUUCAGACGCCAGGGAGAUAUGUACGCAGCCAAAGAAUGCGGGUCCCUGUCAAGGUAUGUUUAAACGUUGGUAUUAUGACACAAACAUGCAGGCUUGUAUUCAGUUCGUCUACGGUGGUUGUCGUGGCAACAGAAACAACUUCAAUCUCUAUGCUGAUUGUAGAAAAACAUGUGAAAACAUGUUGAGAGUCUCUCUAAGCACACAUCCAACGUCACCAGCUGAAACGUAUGAUCAGAUCAAAAUGCCUUCCAUUGAUUGUCAAGUUUCUGAAUGGUCUGAAUUCAGCUCAUGCAGCGCCACCUGUGGUAGAGCACGGAGGAUACGCCGUAGAAGGAUUGAGAUUUAUCCUCAGAAUGGAGGAUCCGAGUGUCCUAAGAAACUUAUUCAGCGACGAAAGUGCAAAAGUAAUCCUAAAUGUGCUGUACACUGCAAGCUGAGCUCUUGGAGUCAAUGGUCCAGCUGUUCCGUGAGUUGUGGUAUAGGUGGCUUGCAGGAAAGGAUCAGAAAAGUCAAGAGAGAACGAAAACGUGGCGGUCUUCCUUGUAAACCUUUAAUAGAACGGCAACCUUGCAACCUGAAAACAUGUCCUUAUAAUGGUUAAUGAACACGUCAAAGCUAGAAAACGGAAAUGUGGGGGAAUUGUCCAGUGACAUUGUAUAUAGUGUAUAUCGCUUUCAUAUUCUGCUGGAAUGCUAGUCGUAGUUUUUGCCAAUAAUUGUAGGCUCUGUGGAUUGUAUACGCUUGAAUGUUCAGGAUAGUAAACUAUUCAGGAUUUCAUUCCUUGUUUCACACUUUAUUUUAUUUGAAGUGUGCAGAAAGUACUGUACUUGAAACAAGACUUCAAAAGAGAAUCAACUUCUAAUUUCAUCAAAUUUUGA